AUGUCUUCAAGACGCAACCCUCGCCAGGUAAAGUCGGCCAAGCGCUGGCUGAAGAGCCGACCCGCCAGAGAUGUCAACUACCACGUGCACUCCCUCCGCUCAUUGCGGUCACUCGAAUCCGACGGAUGUCACCCACACGCCCGCGCGGCAGAAGCCCUGCUGCGCAUCGUCGCAGCCUGUCUGGCCAGCGUUGUCGUCAGCACCUGCGCCGUCACACAACUGCUAGUGCGUGUCACGAGCCCGCUGACCACCACCAACAGUCGCCUCGAUCUCGGCCUCAGCUGGGUCAUUGGUGUCCCGGUGGGCGGCCUGACCGCAGCCUGGCAGUUGAGCCGUCUUUUCUGGCUGCUGCUGGAGCCGUCUAAGAAUAGCCGCCACCAAAGCCACCGGCCAGCUCUUCUGUUGGCAGCCGACGUCCUCGUGGAGAUAGUUCUCUGCUUGGGCGCGGCCAUCUGCGCAAUCCUGGCUGGCUUCCAAGCCGCACGACAUCUGUCGUUCAAUCGGACGCACAAGGCAAUCAGCUCUGCAAGUGCAAGGACGCAUUACCACGAUGUCGGUCCGGAAAUAGCGCUGACUGCCCUUCUGGGACUCUUAAUGCUGUCAAGCUUCGGCAUCCUGGGCCUGGUGCUGUCUGAGGCCUGUCGGUGGCGACGGAGCUCCAGUACUGACAGCAGCAGCUCAAGUGUGAUCGAGAUAAUCCCACGAAGAUGA